GCCGACAAAAAAAGCACAAACCCCAAACGCAUCUCUUCUUUUCUCACUUUCAUUUUCAUUCUCCUUUUCCUUUUGCUUCUUAACAAAUUCCCCAACACAAUCCCUCCAAGUAAUCCAAUCCCAAUCCUCAUCUCCUUCUCUUUCCCUUCUCUCAAUCUUCAAUCUUCAAUCGCCACAAUCCACCUUCCAUGGACGAAUCCGAAGCAUACCCAAAACACCCCUACAAUGGCCGGAGCAGAGCCGACGAACUCCGCACAUCGUCCUCCUCCUCCUCGUCCACCACCAGCGUCCACGUUACGGCGUUGGAUGGUCUCGUCAAUGUCAAUUCACUUUUCACAAUCGCUGUAUUUGUAGGGCUUUCAUUGACCACGCCGGGACAGCAUAGUCUUGAGAAUUCCUCGGUAUGCGACGCCGGGAUCGACGUUGCUCGGAAGCUUCUGGUGUUUGAGGUUGUUUCGUUUAGCUUUUUUCUGUUCUCGUCUCUUGUGGCGCAGGGUUUGAAGCUUGCGAUUAAUCUUUUGAAUAGUAAGGAUGUGGAUGAAGCGUUUAGGGCACAUAUCAAUUUGAAGGUGUUGAGAUUGGGCAUGUUGGCUUCUGCUAUUGGAUCUGUGAUGGGAUGCUUAUUUUUGAUGCUGUCAAUGGUGGAUGUUAUUCAAAUUCGCCUUGGGAUGUUGUCUUGUGGAAGUAAGUCUGCUGUUCAUGCUGUGGCUGCUCUUCUUGUUCUGGUUUCCUCUGCUCUUUUGGUCUAUAUUUCCACUGCUAUCUAUGCCUUCAUGCAUUGAUUCAUUCAUGAUGAUUUAUAUAUAUAUAUUAAGACGAAUUGUAAAAAUGGGUAAUUGGAAUUACGCUCUCAUUCUUUUGAUCUUAAAAAUUAGGCCCUCAAACUUCUCCAAGGAGUGAAACAAUACAAUUUGAACCCUCAAACUUAUACUAUUUUUCAACAAGUAUAUAAGUUUGAGAGUCUAAUUUUAACUAGUUUGGGAGCUUAAUUUUUAUUCCAUUAAAAGUUUGAGCGCAUAAUUACAACUACAACUAUACUUUAGGGGUAGUUUUUACAAUUUGUCCUAUAAAUAUUUAUGUUUCAUCUUGAGAUGUCCUCGGUCGGUUUCCCUCGACUUCCACUGUAGUAUGUCAUUUGAGCUUAUUAGAGUUGCUCAAUGUUAAAGAAUUUGAAUUUAACAUUAAAUUUAGCUAAUCCAUCGGUUUAAGUUUUUGGAGUUUAAUGUGGUUUGAACUCCUAGUUUAAACUUUUGGGUUUAUAUGCUCAAAGACUUAGAAUGUCAACUUAAGCUUUGGGAUUUCUGUUUCAAAUGGUUUUGAGUAUGUAUAUUGGUAUGAGAAUGACCCUCCUUAUACAUGGUCUACCUUUUUACUAUGUGGCUUUACUUUGGAAUUCUAUUUGAGAGGUAUCAUGCCAAUAGAGGUUGUUUAUGUA